CGUCAUAAAUCAGAACCGCCUAUGGAGGGGUGUAGAUAAUCACUUAUAGGAGGAAAGUCCUUACACAAUGGACGUCGUUCCUGGACCGCAGCCGCUGUGACCGCCUGUCCGCAUCUGAGGAGCUGUCCGACCUCAGAUCGUGACCUGGAAUCAGGAUGGACAGGAAUUAGAAUCUCGGAUGGCCCGGAAGUGGCAACUUUACUAACCCCCUCACGUCAACCGAACACCGACUUCGUCAGUGAAACCCAUUUCCUGGUUCCAAACAUCACUCCUGUUCGUUUGAGAGAAUAAGACAUUGCUAUGGAGGAUGAGAGAUGACAGAGUGGGGAACCCCGGCCCAGGUCAGAGUGAACGAGUCGGUCCAUUGGCCCAGAUCAGCACAGUGCACAACGGUCUAUGGGAUCAUCAAUUCAACAUGACGUUCCACUCAAGAAUCAACAACCGAAUCAACGACUUCAGUCGUUUUGAAAACACACAGCCAGCCUUUUAAACACUGGUUUCCUAGGAAAAUUCUGGUUUAUGGAGAAAAUGCAGAGGACUACACAUUUUUCAUCGAAUUCUUAACAAUUUCAUUGAGCGAAAUGGAAAGAAAAAAAAUUCGUCAAAAUGCUAAUUUCUGCCGCUUAAUCAUGUAUAUGUGCAGUACUGGAACUGAUGUGAUGGAACUUGCACUUCUGGAUGUUGUGUUCAAUUGUCUACUUGCAGACGAAAGAAAACGCCUUGAGCAGGCUCAUUUAGAACACAGUUUAAAUUUAUCUGUAACAUUUGAAGAGCUUUUCCCGACCGAUGGACAUCUACCAAAACUGAAUGAAUUUGAAGACCUGACCAUCAAAAAGGUUUUCCGUAUGUCUCAUGAACAAGGAACGGCAUUGGACUUCCUCAGAAAGCAUGGUUUGAUUAUGGUUCUCCAAUCUCAUAGAAAACACUUGUGUAAACAUCGUUACAAAAUUGGGGAAGAAAGUUGGAACAAAAUUGAUACCUAUAAGGGGGAGGUUGAUAUAAAAAAAUUAGAUGUGUCCCUCUUGUUUUUUAUCAUUCGCAAUAUCUCAAAACCCCCAAAAAGCAACUGGAAUCAUAAGCCUAAAGAAGAAGAAAUUUCCAUGCAAGAUGACGUAUGUCGGAUUCACCUGUACAGAAACAUACUAGCACACUAUCGGGCCACACAACCAAUUAGCGACAGUGCUUUCGAUACCAUGUGGUCGGACCUUACAUGUGCAUUUAAACGGUUAUGUAGAGAUCCAGAUGCAAUGGAACGUGAUUCAAAGAAGUUGAAAUUAGCACCAAUUGAUGACCAGCAGCAACAGAAAUAUGAAGAACUAGUCGAUAAGUGGGUGGUGGAAGAGUUAGAAAAUGUAGAAAUGCUUAUAAGACAUAUUUCCAGAUCACAGGAAGAUUCAGCCGAGCAAAUUGUAAAUGAUGUGUCAACAGUCAUAGAUACAGCUGUUACCCAUAUCAAGAAUCACACUACAUCAGCAGUGAAAUCGACAGAAAGAGAAAUAACUGAAUGUGUACAAAGUUACAUAGAAGAAACCUUAACCCAAAUGAAGGAACAUGCGUCUAUGAUCACGGAUGAUGCUGCAGUUGCUUUCAACAUGCAGCUAGAAAGGACUUCUAAGGCAACCAAGGAGGAACUAGGAACUCUCAUAGGCGACAGUUUAGCGCGUGUGAGCAGUGACAUAGAGACUAGAAUAUCCGCUGUAGUUAAAGAUGAAGUUGCAGGAAUGUCAUCAACUCUUACCGACCCUGUCAAGCAGGAAGUCGGCACGAUCCUGACCAGCUGUUUCGAUAAGGCGGUUCAAGACAUUGAAAAGAGAGUUGCUGGUAUUGUAAAUGACACAACUUUAAGGACAAUAGAGGCACUAUUAGCUGAACGUGCAGAUCAAUUCACAGCAUAUAUAAUAGCCAAAGUAAAGGAAGAGCUGAUCAGAGCAAGUGGAUCGGACAUACUUAAAGAGAUUGUCAGAAAAGCAACUGAUGUUAUUACAGAGAAAAUGGCAGAAGACAACAGAAAACAUUUUGACACCUUACACCGGCAAUAUGCUUCGAGGCAUCCUGAUACGAGUUUGGAUCCAAAAAAACGUGUGCUACCCACAGAUUCUAUGACGGUUCAAGUGCACGCAUGGUAUGUGGAUGAACAGGAUUUCUUCGAGACAGGUGCAUCUAAAACUGUUGUGGAGUGCCUAGAAUCCAAGAAGCAUUUGGCAGUCAUCGGUCCACCGUUGUCCGGUAAAACUACGAUCGUGAGACAUACUGCUCUGCAUAUGAGAAGCAAAGGUUACACUGUUUUCCCAAUAUCUGACCCAAGUGAAAUAGACAAAUUCUUGUCCGAGGAAGGAGGGCAGAUAUUCAUCAUUGAUGACCCAUUAGGGAAGAAUUCUGUUGAUAAGAGAAGCCUAGAAGAAUGGGGUAAGGUCAACGAACGUUUGAGAAGGUUUAUCGAAAAUGUCGAUGUGAAAGUAAUAUGGAUUAUGAACAGCCAACAAGUCAGAGAAGAUGUCUUCAGAACAUCUGGGUUGAUUUUCACUGAAAACAAUAUGGACAUCACAGAACUGGGACUCUCUUGUGAGGAACGAAGAGGAAUAGGUGCAAAGUAUUUGGAAAGAACAUUUGUUGACGAUGAAGGUGCCUAUGUCAACAUUCUUGAUGUUGCAGCUAACUGCAAUUAUUUUUUCUUUCCAAAAAUUUGCAGUGAAUUUCGACAGAUUUCAAAAUGGCAGCAAACUCCAGAAAACCCUUUCCUGUUUCCAUUUGAAGUUUUGAUCAAUUAUUUUGAGCCUAUUCCCCAUAGAAGCAAGCACCAGUUUAAUGCUAUGGGCCUGUGUGCAAUUCUUGGGAGAUUACCGUCCGAUCGCAAAUCUUUGCGUCACGCAAUCAAAGAAGGUACAAGACACAUGACCUCUAACUUGGACAGUUGUGACAUCGACCUUGAGUCAGCCUUACAAUCCAUGAAGGGCAUAUGGAUAAGACAAACAGAGGAACACUUUGAGUUUUCUGACGAGAUCUACCGAGAUGUGAUUUUGUUCUUGAUGAGAAAACAGGUUCUUGAUCCAUCUACUGUUCUCAUGAACUUGUCUUGUCGCAGCAUUCGAGAACGGGUUAGGUACGACCCAGGGACCCCAGAUGAAGUACCUGAGAAAUAUGUAUUCGUUUUGGAAAAGCGAUAUUGGAAGGAAUUAUCAUUUCACAUAUGCCAUGACCUGCUUCACUUACGAAAAGGUCUAAAUUUGAGAGAGGGGCAUAAUGAAGACACAUUCAAGGAAAAAUAUAAAACAGAUGUGCUGCAGCUACUUGAAAAUGCCUCGGCAGGUAACGAGUUGUGCAGCAGUGAUUUUCUAGCGAUCACUGCAUUAUCAAUUCAAACAGAAAAUGCAGAAAUGAUUGAUACGCUGUUUCAGAAUCAGCCUUCAGAAGCCGUCAACACCCUUUUUAACGAAACAGUAGAAAAUAGUAAAAUGGGUGUAGUGGGUUUCAGUCCACUUCAUUUCGCCGUCUCGAAAUCUAGCCUUUGGGGGGUAGACAGAUUAUUGGAGCGCGGAGGAGCUAAUAUCAACACAUUGUCUGGGAAAGGUCUCACACCUCUGGAUCUUGCAGUCAAAAAUGAAAAUCUGCCACUGGUCUCAGAACUCAUAAAAUUUGGUGCUGACCUCAACAUACCAUCAAACAGAGAGUUAUGUCCAGUGCAUUUUGCAAUCCAGCGGAAUUAUGUUAAAAUAGUUGGUACACUUGUGGAUGGUGGAGCUGACAUGACUAUCUGCACACCAGAAGGUUUACCCCCCUUACAUUUAGCAAUAUACGGGGACAAUACCGAAGUGGUUAAAGAACUGCUUGAACUUGACGUUGAUACCAAUAUCCGCAAUGGAGAUGAUAAACCAGCCCUGAAUUUUGCACUUGAACAAGAUGAACCAAACGUAUCCAUCAUUGAGAUGCUGGUUGCGCAUCCAAAAACAGAUGUCAAUUGCUUAAAUUGCUCAAGAGGAUAUGACCAUCCUUUACACACUGCAGUAAUUUUGGAAAAUGUUCGCGUGGUGACUGUUUUGCUGGAGUGUGAAAGAUUUGAUGUAAACUGUUUAGAUUCUAUGAACUCAACGCCACUCCAUAUUGCCGUGAGAAACAAUAAUAAGGAAAUCACAUUUCUCUUACUGACGUACAAUGCCAAUACAACAUUAAAAGACAUUAACGGGAAGACACCAUGGCAGAUUGCAAACGAACAUGGGAAUAAGAAUUUGGCUGAUUCAAUCAAAAUUCUGAUCCAAUGAUUUAGUACUGUGUUGUAAGUAAGCUAUUUCAAGUGUAAACAGCAUAUCCCGAUUACAUUGACAAGGGCAUAUUUGAUUUGUAUGGUUCAAAUAGUGAAGAUUCCUAGCGCUAGCUAGCUAGCUAGCUGUCAUCGUUUUUUGAAGAAACAAAAGGCGAAGAGUUCAAUAGAAGAACGUGUGAACUAUCAUCGUACAAUGAUUAUGUAGCAUUACCAAAGUAGCUCUCCUCUGCUGACAUCUUGCCAAGAAGGUCGAAAAUAUUCGCCACCAAUAUUAAUACAGUAAAGAAAACCUGGAUUCAGAACUCGCUUCUCCUCUUUUAUCUAUUUUAUUCUUAUAGUGAUUGUAGGGAAUCUAUCGGCAAAAUCACUAUAUACCAUACAAAGCUAUAUGUCGGAGUGUAGUCGAACCACAAUGACCGGGCGUGUAGAUUUUCAAUUGCCUUACACAUUCCAAGUGAGUCAGUCUGCCGUUUGUCAGCAACAGCCAUCGCUUGGCUGCCUAUUAUUAUAAUGUUGUAUUUUGACAUUUUCAGUUUGUUGUCUAUAUUUGUAUAAGUAUAAAUGAACAGAUACUUCUCAAAUUCAUUUGUAUAUUUCCCAGAGUUAAUAAUUGUGCAUGGUUUUGUUUUGAGAGUGACUAAAAGAAAGAAAUGGCAGACAAGUGACCAUCGUGGAUUUUUACUGUAAUUUUGUGAUUGCUAUUUCUCAGCAACUUCUGGACAGAUCUGUCUCAAAUUUCAUAUAUAGCUUCACCUAUGAUCUAGUUGUGCAUAUUUCAUUUUGAGACUAAUCAGAAGUACACAUUGUUCAUCAGAUAGCCAUCUUCGAUUUUGACAGUUUAGAGAUAAUUUUGUAUAUUUUGAAGUAUUAUGAAAAAAAU